UUCUCCCGGCUUUAUCGCAUCCCUACGAAGCUGCUAGAGGAAGAGGACUCCCAGCUGAUUGGGGUGUGAUAUCAGUGUGCAGAUGAGGCCCAUUGAUACAUUCCCCAGUCCCUCCCCCCCCCAAAGAAAACCCUCUAGUUUAGCGGACUAGAGCACAACACAUGCAGCAGGCAACAGACAAGACAGAAGCUGGGCCCUUUGUUGUUUGUCUCACUCAGCUGAUUCACCUAGCUGGCUGGGGAAUUCUGGGAGUUGAACAACGGAUGGAAACUGGUCAAGGAGGGAAGCAACCUGGAAUUAAGGAGAAAGUUCCUGACAGGACAAUUAACCAGUGGAACAGCUUGCCACCAGAAGUUGUGGGUGCUCCCAAAACUGGAGGUUUUUAAGAGACUGGACAAUCACUUGUGUGAAUCGUUUUGGAUCUUGUGCUUGAGUAGAAGACCUCCAAGGUCCCCUAACAGCUCUAUUUUCAUUAUAAUUCUGAAAUCCACAAAUCUUAAAAAUUGACAAGAUGGGAUGUCCCUGGUCUGUGCAGUUAAUUAUUUUCAUUUUUUUAAUCUAGCGUGUGUUUUAAUCCUACUCUGGGUGCUGCGGUUCUUCCCCACCCAAUACUGUUAAAAUCAAGAGAUGGGGGCAGGAUACAAACUUCAAAAAAUUUGGGAUGAAAAGCCAACGAUCGGAUGGGAAACUGCCUCUCUUGUGGCCGGCCGCCUGUAGAUCCUGGGAGCAACGUUCAAUGCAGGAAAAAACGAUCUCCCCCGCUUAGGGAAAACCAGAUUUCCGCUCCUCUGAAAACAACAAAAUACCUUAUGCCACCAGACUUGAAAUCCUGGGAUUAGAAAACUUAGAACUCCGCCGACUCCGACAAGACCUGAGUUUAACUCAUAGAAUCAUCUAUUGCAAUGUUCUUCCUGUUAAAGACUACUUCAGCUUCAAUCGCAAUAAUACAAGAGCAAACAAUAGAUUCAAAGUUAAUGCUUCAAUCUUGAUUGCAGAAAAUAUGACUUCUGUAACAGUUAUUAACGCUUGGAACUCACUACCUGACUCUGUGGUCUCUUCCCAUAAUCCCAAAAGCUUUAACCAAAAACUUUCUAAUAUUGACCUCAUCCCAUUCCCGAGAGGACCAUAAAGGAGCCUGCAUAAGAGCACAAAAGUACCUACCCUUCCUGUCCUAUUGUUCCCUUUCAUUAUAUCAGAGAGAGAGAGUGUGUAUGUGUGUGUAUAUACACACACAUACAUAUACAUAUUUUAGCCUAUAUUGUAUAUUUUAUAUACGUUUUUAGCCUAUAUACAUGUUUAUAUGAUAUGUUGUUGUUUUUAUGUCAAUGUUUGCGUAUACUGUUGUGGAAAAAAAAAAAAUUCCACCCGUUGUCCAAAGGAGGGAGGGGGAAGAAGAGUGAAGAGCCUCCCAUCAUCCCCUGCCGUGGUUUCCCAGAGAAAAAACGCCUCCCCUCCCCGCAAAACAGGAGGGAAAGGGCGGGCAGGGGGAGAAGCUGCCCAGACAGCCCGGCUCCGGACCCCCCCAAAUUGGCCAGGCCGAGGGAAAGCCGGACACUGCCCGGUCCGCUUCACAACAGCCCUGCGAGGUAGACCAGCGGGACCUCUGAGAAAGCCGCGCCCGCCGCCCCUGGGAGGAGGCCCCGCCCACGCCGUUCGGAGCAACGCCGCCGCGGCCAAUCGCUGGGCGCGCGCGCCACCAUUGGGCAGAUCGAACGCGAGGGGGCCGCCGAUUGGCUGCGCCGCGGCAGCUUUGCAACAUUCAAACUCGCGCAGCGGCCGGCGCCGAGAAGGAGGAGGAAGAGCUGCGCCCGCCAUGGCCUCGCAGAACGACGACCCCGGCGCCGUCGCCCGCGCCCCCAGCAAGGCGGCCGAACCCGGCGGGGGCGCCGCCCGGGGCUCGGUCCGCAGCAGGUUGCAGCAGGAGCUGAUGACGCUGAUGAUGUCGGGAGACCACGGCAUCUCCGCCUUCCCGGAGUCGGACAAUCUCUUCAAGUGGAUCGGGACCAUCAGCGGCGUGACUGGGACGGUCUAUGAGGACCUGAGGUACAAGCUGUCCUUGGAAUUCCCCAGCGGGUACCCCUACAACGCCCCCACCGUCAAGUUCCUCACCCCCUGCUACCACCCCAAUGUCGACCUUCAGGGCAAUAUUUGUUUGGACAUUCUCAAGGACAAGUGGUCAGCUCUCUAUGAUGUCCGGACCAUCCUGCUCUCCAUUCAGAGCUUACUGGGAGAGCCAAACGUGGAAAGUCCUUUGAACACAGAGGCUGCUGAACUCUGGAAAAACCAAGCAGCCUACAAAAAACGCCUCCAUGAAUCCUACCGAAAACAUAUGAAGAGCCAGGAUACUUGAUGUCCUUCCCAGCCAGCACCCCUUCGCCUGGGGGGGAGUGGGUGGGAGGUAACGUCUUUUCCCGCUUCUGUUUUAUCCUUGUAUUUUCUGUACGUUGGCCCCUAUUGUAUUAUAGGUCAUUUUAAAGUUAUAUUUGGCUUUUUUCCUGGUGUUAAUGUAUAAAUAAACGUCUUUUGUUUUUAUAAAA